CGCUAUAGAUUAUGCCCCAUUUUUUUUGUGUGGACCCCUUGCAGUUUUUCCGGUUAUAACUCUGUCGUCCCCACCAGCACCAAGAAAAGCGUAUUUGCAUUCAUCAGUCUCAUACCGUACUCUCUACUCUCUACGCUCCACGCUUUCUCCACUUUUUGAUUCAAAAAAGAAAGGCCCACAAGUUUACUUUUGAUUUUUCUCUCAUUUAAAGUAGUUUUAUUCUACAACAUCUCUCUCUCUUCACCACUUUUUUGUAGUUAUAAAUUGCCCCCCUACAAACGCCCCUUGGACACAAACCGAACUACCAUCAGCAUUCACAUAUUUGAUCCGAAAUAGGCAUUUCAGAAAUCUCUUUCUUAACCCAACACAGAGAGAAAAUGAGGUUGUCUAUAAAACCUGUGCGGCCAUGUCCACUCCCAACACCAGCAGCAGCAGCCACACCCAGAUCAUCAGUCACUACUUCAGCUGCCACCAGUACUGAUCACCAUGUAAUCCGUGGCUGCACCAUUGCUCAGCUGCUGACGCAACCUAACAAGAAGUCGAUACAGAAACAGCGGGUCUGGGAAUGGGAACGCUUGCUUGAACCAGUUGACACCAACUCCACAUCCACCUCCGGCCGUGGGUUUCCUUCUAACGGGUUUACUUCUUAUAAUAAACCGGUUAGAAUCGGGAAGAAAUGGAUGGAAUACCAAGGGAUCCAGAACUGGGAGGGUCUACUUGACCCAUUGGACAAUAACUUACGCAGCGAAAUUCUUCGUUACGGGCAUUUCGUCGAAGCUGCUUAUAAGUCUUUUGACUUUGACACCUCUUCUCCAACACAUGCAAAAUGCCGGUUCCCCCAGAACACAAUGCUGCAGUGCUCGGGAUUAAGUGGAACAGGGUAUAGCCUGACCAAGUAUUUGCAUGCCACGGCAGGAAUUCAGCUUCCUGCAAGUUGGAUCGAAAAGGCACCAAGUUGGAUGGCAACUCGAUCCAGCUGGAUUGGCUAUGUCGCAGUCUGUCAGGACGAGAAGGAAAUCUCAAGGCUAGGCCGGAGAGAUGUGUUGAUUGCUUACAGAGGCACUGCUACCUGCCUGGAGUGGCUCGAGAAUUUUCGAGCAACUCUCACUCAUCUCCCAGAUGCUCAACCUGAUCAGAAUCCUGCUGAUAGCUCUGCGCCCAUGGUGGAAAGUGGGUUCCUGAGCCUCUACACUUCUCGCACUGCCACCUCACCAAGUCUUCAAGAUAUGGUACGCGAAGAGAUCUCACGGCUGCUCCAAAUUUAUGGGGAUGAGCCUCUGAGUAUAACCAUCACGGGUCACAGUCUUGGUGCAGCACUCGCUACACUCACAGCUUACGACAUCAAAACCACCUUCAACCGUGCACCGAUGGUAACCGUCAUCUCCUUUGGCUGUCCACGGGUUGGAAACCGGAAUUUUGGUUGUGAACUGGAAAAACAGGGGACGAAAGUCCUGAGAAUAGUAAACACGGAUGACCUGAUAACAAAAGUACCCGGAUUUGUCAUCGAAGAGGAUGCUGACGUGGAAAGCAACGGCAAUGUCCAGGUGUCAUCAGGUCUGCCAAGCUGGAUCCAAAAGCGCAUGGAGGAGACACAGUGGGUAUACGCCGACGUCGGUAGAGAGCUCAAGCUCUGCAGCAGGGACUCCCCGUACCUCAACAGUAUGAACGUUGCCACCUGCCAUGACCUCAAGACAUAUCUUCACUUGGUCAAUGGCUACGUAAGCUCAACGUGUCCGUACAGACCCACAGCAACUACAGUCCUGAACAACCAUUACAGAGAGGAAGUAAUGGUCUAAUUUUAGGAGGAGAUGCAAAAAUUCAUCAAA